AUGCCCCCCGCCGCCGCAGCCGUCCUGAAGCGGGCCCACCUCGCUGGCGUCCACUCGUCGGCCCGCCGCCGGCAGCCGGGGCCGGACCGCGUCUCGGUGCCUUCUCCGGCGAUCCCGCCGCCGCGCGUUUCAUGGCAUCAGGGAUCUGGAGUGGUUGCUAAGAGGCGCUUCUGGGCGAGUGCGAGUGGUUCCUUGGAGAAAGAUAACAUCGGGGAGGACGCGGUAUCGCCUUCUCAGGUAGUGGAGGAGAGUAAAGUAGAUUUCUUGAAGAUUUUAAAGAGUGCCAACUCCAUUAUUCCCCAUAUAGUGCUGGGGAGCACAAUUCUCGCGCUGGUGUACCCUCCUUCGUUUACAUGGUUCACAACCAGGUAUUAUGCACCUGCUUUGGGGUUCUUGAUGUUUGCUGUUGGUGUAAACUCAACCGUCAAGGAUUUUGUUGAAGCCAUAAAAAGGCCAGAUGCUAUUGGUGCGGGCUAUAUCGGACAGUUUUUCAUCAAGCCUUUGUUGGGAUUCCUUUUUGGCACUCUUGCGGUCGCAGUUCUUAAUCUCCCAACUGCUCUAGGCGCUGGUAUCAUGUUGGUUUCAUGCGUGAGCGGAGCACAGCUUUCAAACUAUGCAACUUUCCUGACAGAUCCACAUAUGGCCCCUCUCAGCAUUGUUAUGACAUCAUUGUCAACAGCUACUGCAGUUUUUGUCACCCCAACAUUAUCUUACUUUCUUAUUGGCCAGAAAUUACCUGUAGAUGUCAAAGGGAUGAUGUCCAGCAUCGUUCAAAUAGUUGUUGCUCCAAUUGCUGCUGGAUUGCUUCUGAAUAGAUUCCUUCCAAGGCUCUGUGCAGCUAUUCAGCCAUUUCUCCCUCCGUUAUCAGUGUUUGUCACUGCUCUGUGUGUUGGCUCACCAUUGGCAAUAAAUAUCAAGGCUGUUUUGUCGCCAUUUGGAUUAGCCAUAGUGCUGCUCCUUUUUGCAUUCCACACCUCAUCUUUUGUAGCUGGUUAUCAUCUUGCUGGUACUUGGUUUCACAAGUCAGACGAUGUAAAGGCACUACAAAGGACAAUAUCUUUUGAGACAGGAAUGCAAAGUAGCCUCCUUGCUCUUGCUUUAGCAAACAAGUUCUUCCCAGAUCCACUAGUGGGUGUGCCUCCAGCUGUAUCGGUUGUGUUGAUGUCCUUAAUGGGAUUUGCUCUUGUCAUGGUGUGGUCCAAGAAAACAGAAGCCUAA